GUAGAUCGAAUAUCCAAUUAAUCUUGUCAUCAAGGCUCAGUCCGGCCUGUGAUGAUUUCGUUUUACACCGUAAAAUUGAUAUGCAGCCUUUUUAUAUGUUCUGUGCCUUGAUUGAAAUAAAGUCAUGGAUCGAGGAGGAUAUGAUAGGAUUCUAGCUCGCUUUUUUUGGCAGAAGCUCUGAGGAGUCUACAUUGAACACUAUGUCAGGCUUCAAGGCCAAGCACCAAGCACUGCAGAUUCUGCAGCGUCUUGCAUCUGGUGAAAAGCUUCCAGGCAAGGAGAGAAACCCAACUUUCUCACCUCGGAAACCUGGCAUCAGGAACUCGGAUGAUAUCCUCAAGGAAAAGUACAAUGAACUUGCCGAGCUGGUGGCCCUGCAGCGCCUUGAAAAGCAGGCAGUGUCAUCUUUGCAGAAGAUGUAUGUCAGUCCACCGAAAGGGGAGAGGAGAUCUCGGAGGAGAAGAAGGGAUGGAGAAACGAGGACGAAGAGGAAGGAGGAUAACGAAAGGAAAGAAUCAAAGAAGCAGAGGCCAAUGUCUGCUUCAUCCACAUCAUCCUAUUCAUCUUCUGCAUCAUUUACCUCAAGGGCAUCCUCAAUGUCAAAUUCUUCGAGGUCAUCUUCAAUGUCAUCUAGGUCAAAUGUAUCAAGAUCAUCUGCUUCAUCAAAUACUUCAAGGGCAUCCACAAUGUCAAAUUCCUCAAGGUCAUCCACAAGGUCAAAGUCAUCAUCUACUCCAAAACCAGUUGAGAGGCACUUUGUCACCAUUGUAGAGGAGGAAGAGGAAGAGGAAGUUGUGAAUCAAGAUGACAUCAAGGAAAGACAGGUUGUCCAGUUUGACAAAGACCUAGCUCAAGAGAACAAGGAGGAAGCCGAGCGCAAGAAGGAGGCCUCAAAACGUAGAAGGCAGGUUUCGUUUGUCCUGGAAACGCAGGAAAAGAGCAGUGAUGAUGAUGACGAUAUGGAUGAUGAAGAAGAGAAUGUUCCUGAUGAGGAUGAGAGAUAUGUCCCUGGAGAGGAGAGUUCAUCUCCUUCUAGGUCGCAGGAUUAUGAUAGAAGGCAUAAUACAGGUGAUCCCACACCUCGUUACAUUGAGAUUGAGGAUAGUAUACUGAGGGAGAUUCUCAGUCCAAGGUCUCCUCGUCGUGGUUUUAAGUUAUCACAGAAUUCAGAGGACAGAUCACCAUUCAGGGAUAGAUCGAAAUCACCCCAACGGAAAGCACGUAGUCCAUCCCCGAAGAGGGCAUGGGAAGUACCAAACACUUUACCGCUUCCCCCAAGACCUGUCAAAGACAUAAAACCCUGUGAUCAUAAGUUGAGCAACACCGACAAUCCUGAAAUAAAGAAGUGGCUGCGUCACAAGAAUGCUCUGAUUCGACGGGAGAGGAAGGCAGAGUUGCAGAAAGAGAGGGAGAAGCAAAGAGCUGCAGAGGCAUCUAGUCAGAAACGGGUUGAAAGGCUUGUGGAAUCUGAGGAAUUCUAUGAUACCUGGGUGAAGCAGAAGAAAAAAGACCUGAGGAGGAAGCACAGAGAUGAACGUCGUCUUGCCAAAGAGGAAAGGAGGAGACAAGAAGAAGAAAGGGCUAGAAGAGAAAAACUAUUCCAGGAAAAGAUCAACAUGUCCGUUUCUUCUUUUGGUGAGAGAGUCCCGACACCAAGAAAAGAGAAACAGAUAAGGAAGCAGUCUGGGAAAUCCAUAGGUGAAGACAACAGUCCCAAGACCAAAUUGAAUAUUAGAAAAGCGAAAGACAAGGGUUCGGAAAUUGAUGGACAGCAGAGAUUUCCAUCUUCGAAUCCUUUCAAGGGAGUGACGUAUGAUGAAUGGAUGAAGCAAAAGAUGAAGCAAGAUGAGAUUAACAAAAAGAAGGAAAGACAAAAGAAAAAGAUUGAUCCUGACUUGGAGGACAUCAUCCCACAGGUUGCUAAAGAAAGGAUUGAAAGAGCCAAGAGUGGGAAGGGGAGGAGGGUCAGCAGUGCUUUGGGAAAGGAGAAGGAUGAGAGACCGGAAUGCGAUCGUGCUGCAACCGAAAAGACGGAUGCGCCAAAACCUUACAGGUGGUCCAACGAUUCUACAAGCACCUCCGAUAAACAUUCCAAACAAAGCAGUGCACACGGCAAAGGGGGACUUCACAGACCAUCCACUGCUAAAAAUCACCUCCGCAAUGCACCCCACCAAGAGAGGGUACCAUCGACCAAUCCUGGCAAGGUUCAUGGUCCUAGAGUCUUUUCACCGUCUUUCGCCCGUCCAGAGCCGCAGGGAAGUGAGAGUAACGAUGAUCAUUCGGAACAUAAUGGAAAUAAGGGUAAGCCAAUACUGCAUAGAAACACGGCUGGUAAGAAUGAUAAGGUUGGCAAUCAAAACGAAGAAGGUCUUGUCUGGGAAAAGGCUUUGGUGAAAGCAAACCCUGCACAGCCAGUUGCAGACCCUGAAGACUUGUCAAUCUUUUUAACAGAAUUCGAUGGGUAGUUAGACAUAAAGUUUUACCCCACUAUUAUUAAACCAGAAUGUUUCAAUUGCAUGUAUAGCUUAUCCUUGAGGAACAAAAAAAGAGUGAGUCAUAUUUAAUAUGCCUGGACCCUGUUGCAUAAACAUUACUGUAUAACCUUGCCAUCCAACUUUAUUGAAAUCCUUGAAUUUGAUUGGGUGAUUAGCAUUGUUACCAUGGUAGUUACCUUUGGAUGGCAAAGUUACUAUAAUAUUUUUUAUGCAAUGGGACCCUGGUGCAUGUUGUUUGUGUCAUGUGCAGAAGCGAAAGGCAAAAUAUUUUAAAAUACUAGUAAAAGAGUAACUUGCUCCUUAUGACAAUUUGUUAUUGUCAAUAAAUUGUUUCCCACUAUUGAGCUCAGUCUUAAUAUGAACAGGAAAUACGAAUAUUUGUAGCUCUUCCACGAUUUGUCGAUUACACUCAGCAUUUAUACCAAAUUGCACCAUGAUACGCAAAUUAAGGGACAAUCAGACUUUCAGUUUAAAGCUUUAAUUAGCAUUUAGAAGCACAUGGC